CCGUGGCGCAGCAAGAGUCCGUGCGGGCUCUGUUCUCGUACGCGUACGCGGCGCGGCUGGUGGCCACGGCCGUGGCGGGGCUGCUGGUGGACCUCGCGGGCCCCAAAGUGACUGCGCUGUUGGGCGCUGCAGCGAGCGUGGGCGCCUGGCUGCUGCUGGGGGCCUCUUCUGCUGCUUUCCCCUCGCACUAUUUUUCCUUUUUGCUGCUGGGUGGCGGCAGCGGGUUGACGCAGCUGCCGCUGCUCUGCGUGGCCAAUCUCUUCCCGGGGGGCCUCGGGUUUAGCCUGACUUUGCUGGGGGCUGCAGCUUCGCUCUCCCACGCGGCGCCCUCGCUGCUGAAUCUGCUGCACUCCCGCGGCUGCAGCUUUGCUGCUGUUUGCUGCGGCUAUGCUGCUUUUGUUGCGCUGCUCGCGCUGCUGCUCGUGGGGCUCCUCGUGCCUCUCGAGGGCUUCAUCGGCGUGGACCUCUUCGUGCUGGUCCGCUCCAUGCCUUCGCAGCGACCCUCCGUCGCCAACAGCUCCGACCCUGCUGCGCUGCAGCUGCAGCAGCAGCAGCAGCAGCAGCAGCAGCUGCAGCAGCCCGCCCAGGUCCAGGCACUCCAGCUCCAGGCGCAGCCACAGGCCAUCCAGCUCCAGCACCACCUCCAGCAACAGCUCCAGCAACUCCAGCUCCAGCAGCAGCAGCAGCUCCAGCUCCAGCAGCAGCAGGCCAACCCAGCAGCAGCAGCAGCAGCAGCAGCAGCAGCAGCAGCAGCCAGCCCCGACAGGCUCCAGCGCACCCUCUCCAGCUGGGAAGACACCCAGGGACUCUCGGGAGGAGCUGCUGGCCUCAGCACUGUCACUGACGAAGAAUACUUCCGCCCCUUCAAGCUCGAGGCCUGCACUUUCCUCUACGUGGCCGUUUGUCUUUACUUCACAGUCUGCAGCAUCUCCGUCUUGUACUACAUCAAAACUGCCAGGGAGUUCCUCACCAAAAAGGCUGUCCGAGUCCUCGAGGUCUCCGCGCCCCUCUCCAUCCUACCCUGCGUCGUCAUCGGCAGAGUGUCGGACUUCGUGCCGGUGGUGUACAUGAUGAUGGGGCUGAACUUGGUGGGGGCGUUGAGUUACAUGUUUGUUUCGAUAGGGUCUGGGGGCUGCGUGGUGGUGUCUGUGGUUUUGUUUUGCAUUUACUUGGCCCUUUUCGUCUCGCAGAUGUUCAUUUACACGAAAACCCUCUUCACUUCUGCGAACUUCGGCAAACUCGCCGGAGUCUGCUGCCUCGUGGGGGGCCUCGUGUCAGUGGGAGUUGAAAAGCUGUACGGCUUGGUGGUGGACGGGCCGCUGGCUGGCAACUGCCGCCCCAUUUUGUGGCUGCACUUCGGCGUGCUGCUGCUGCUCUACUUGCUGCUGCUGCCCAUGGCCAGAGCAGCAGCAAGGAAGAAGGCCGAGCUCAACUGCUACAGAGAAAUUGCCCCCAAGGUCACCACAGCCAGGACCUUCCCAGACGUUUCCCUGCGCUUCACCAGGCCCCCCCCCUCCUCCCGAACCAGCUCUUAA